AUGGCCCCAACAGAGAGCAAGAAGCGCCUGGCUUUGGCCGUCAUCGAUUUCCUGGGCUCCAGCCUGAAGGAUGGCACCCUCACAGCCGACGAUGCCGAGUCGAUCGAAAUCGCCCAAUCCUGUAUCGCCGACACUUUCAAGGUUGAUCCUACCGAUGAGGCCGCCGUGAAGGAUGCUGUAGGUGGGCAAUCUCUCGUCGGAAUCUACAGUGUCUACGAGAAGCUGCGCAACAAGUCAACCCCGCAAUCGACCGACGCCGGAGCUCAACAAUCCCAGGAAAAGCCCACAGCCGGCGUUCCCACGCCCGACUCUGAUAAGCUGAAGUCUGAGGGAAACGCUCUUAUGGCGAAGAAGGAUUACCCCGGUGCAAUUGAGAAAUACACCCAGGCCCUCGAGAUUGCCCCCGCCAACCCCAUCUACCUCUCCAAUCGCGCAGCUGCCUACUCGGCCUCUUCUCAGCACGAGAAAGCCGCAGCAGAUGCGGAACUUGCCGCAGCCGCCGAUCCCAAGUACUCCAAGGCAUGGAGCCGACUGGGUCUCGCCCGCUUCGAUAUGGGCGACUAUCACGCCGCCAAGGAGGCUUACGAGAAGGGUAUUGAGGCCGAAGGCAAUGGUGGCAGCGAAGCCAUGAAGCGUGGUCUGGAGACAUCCAGCCGGAAGCUUGAGGAGGCCAGCCAGACCAGCGAGCCUCCUUCGGAGGACCUUGACACUGCCCCCGGUGCCUCCCGUGGAGGUGGUGGUGGCAUGCCUGAUCUGUCUUCUCUGGCUAGCAUGCUUGGCGGCGGCGGCGGUGCCGGUGGUGCCGGUGGUAUGCCUGACCUGGGCUCCAUGAUGAACAACCCCAUGUUCGCCAGCAUGGCACAGAACCUGAUGAGCAACCCCGAUAUGCUCGGCAACUUGAUGAACAACCCCCGUCUCCGCCAGAUGGCCGAAAACUUUGGCCAGGGUGGUGGCAUGCCUGACAUGUCUAGCCUGAUGAGCGAUCCCAACCUUGCAGAUAUGGCUCGGAACAUGAUGGGUGGCGGUGCUGGCGGCGCCGGACGCGGUGGCCAGAACUAA